UACUUGGGCAAAAUUAAUGAUAUUUAACUUUUAGUAAUCAUGUCCAAAUAGGAUUGUUCUUUUAAAUUAUUAUACCAUAGAUAAUGACACAAUAAAUAAGUCAGACAUUACUACCAAAUUCUCUGGAACAAGAUUCGGAUUAAGAUUUUGGUAUCUUGAUGUACUUCUGUGUUAAACUACCAUUUAAUCAGUUUAAUUAUAUUAUUUAUAAUUUAAUUUAACCAUUAAUUUACAUCACGACUAACUCGUAAGUUUAACCACAAUAAAAUAUUAACAAUUUAAUCAUAAAAGUAAGCAGGAUGAAACAGUUUGUUGUUACUUCUCAGCUCAACAUGAUAUUUGUGAAAAUAUUAAUAUUGUUUGGCAUAGUUAAUGUUUUUAACUGUGAAUUGUAUUUAAUUAAAGAGGACGAUCAUGUUAAAUGUUUUGAUGGGAAUAAUAGUGUUCCAGUUACAGAAGAAGCUUUUCCUGCAACAGAAGUUUGCCGAAAUGAAAUUGCAGACAAAUAUAAGGAAGUUAUUCAUUUGGAUAAUUUGAGACCAAUAAUAAUAGACGAUAAUUUAAUUAUAUUUAAUAGAUCUACCAGGAAUAAUUACUAUAUAAUAAAUAAAUCUAUGAGAUUUCAAGUUAAUGUGACAGCAAAAGAAUGCAUAUGGUUUACUAUUUAUAUGUGUCACAAAUGUUCAAUACUAUUCGACUACGAUAUACACAAAUGGACUAGUGUAAGUAAUUUACUACUAGUGCAAAAUCAAUGAUAUUUAACUUUUAGCGGUACUGUGGAAAUCGCAUUGUUGUAUAUCGUUAUUGUGCAAAACUUAAUAAGACAAUAGAAUUUAAUACCAAAUUUAGAGGAACAAGAUUCGGUUUAAGAUUUUGGUACUUAUCAGAAAUUCAUACGUACUCACCUACAAAAUAUUGUGAAAAUAAUAAUGAUAUGUUGUUCUUGAAUGAUCCAGUUUCGACCAGUAACAAACAUUCUUGUUCAAGAAAAAUAGAAAAUAAAUGUAAACAAAAUUGUAUAAUUUGUUGCGAGGAUAACUGUUACGAACAUAAUAUUUCAUUGUUUAAUUAUGAGUAUUUAUAUAUUCUUUUUUUAAUCCCAAUUAUUUUCCUUAUAAUCGUGGUAUUUUAUUGUCUGAAGCAAAAGUACGGGAUAAAUAUAG